AUGUUGGUAUUAUCUAUCAACUAUCAUUUGAUCUCCCCAAACCAACAAUACGAUAUUCAUUUCUUUCUUUCAACAAAUUUUUUGUUUAAUUACAAUUGGGUUAGAUAUUGUAAAAAAGAUAGGGUAUGGUAUCUUAUUUCUUACAGUAUUUGUAAAUUUACAGUAUUAGAUCGUAUGGUAUUUGAGUUUAUUAUAGAUAUAGACUUGAAUUUAAAGGAAAGAAUUCAAUGUUUAGUAUAUUCAUUUCAGAAAUCAUUGUAUUUGGUACUAAUAUUAUAUUGGUUAAUGUUAUAUCUACAUAUAUUCACUCGGUAA